AUGGGUGUCACGUUGGCAAGCAAUGAGGUCACCUACAACAUUUCUCUCCCUCAGAAGCUAGAUUUAAUAGCAAACAGUUUUCCCCCUGUGUUCACUAAAGAUGUGAUGCCCAAAGAGCAGUGUGCCAAGGGAGGAAGUGGUGGUAAAAUGGCUUAUCCAAAGGACUUCUGUUUCCUUACUGAUGCUUUAAGCAAAAAUUGGGACUUGACAGCAGCUUUGAAUGACUAUGAGCAGCUCCGGCAGGUACACACCGCCAACCUGCCACAGGUGUUCAAUGAGGGCAAAUACUACAAGCAGCAGGAGCCAGAGCAGCCUCCCCAGGUGAUGAAGGCUGAGCAGCCCUGCUUGCAAAGGCAGGAUGACAUUGCUCAAGAAAAGCGUCUUUCCAGAGGUAUUUCUCACGCCAGCUCAGCCAUAGUCUCCCUUGCUCGAUCACAUGUCGCAAAUGAGUGCAGCAAUGAACAGUUUCCUUUGGAGAUGCCCAUCUACACAUUCCAACUACCAGACCUUAGUGUGUACAGUGAAGAUUUCAGAAGCUUCAUUGAACGUGACUUAAUUGAGCAGGCAACAAUGGUUGCUUUGGAGCAAGCAGGACGACUAAAUUGGUGGUCCACAGUGUGUACAAGCUGCAAACGUCUUCUUCCCUUGGCUACAACAGGUGAUGGAAACUGCCUUUUACAUGCUGCAUCUUUAGGGAUGUGGGGAUUUCAUGACCGGGACCUUGUUUUACGUAAGGCACUCUAUACUAUGAUGAGAAGUGGAGCUGAAAGGGAAGCACUGAAAAGAAGAUGGAGAUGGCAACAGACCCAGCAGAAUAAAGAGUCAGGUUUAGUGUAUACAGAAGAAGAAUGGGAACGGGAGUGGAAUGAACUGCUUAAACUGGCAUCAAGUGAGCCUCGUACACAUUUCAGCAAAAAUGGAGGCACUGGUGGUGG